AUGGCGCCCAAUGCAAGUGAAAAGAGUAUCUCUGCAUAUGGAGAUGCUCGCUCGACCUUGGAGGGGAAGCCCCUGGAUGCCGAGACCAUCCGCAAGAUGAAUGCCUACUUCCGGGCUAGCAUGUACCUUUGCCUGGGGAUGCUUUAUCUCCGCGACAACCCGCUCCUCCAGGAGCCUCUCAGACUGGAACACCUCAAGGCUCGUCUCCUGGGCCAUUGGGGAUCUGAUGCAGGACAGUCUUUCACCUGGAUGCACAUGAAUCGCCUCAUCAAGAAGUAUGAUCUCGAUGUGCUCUUCGUGUCUGGCCCGGGCCACGGUGCUCCUGGUAUUAUUUCCCAAUCAUAUCUUGAAGGAGUCUACUCGGAGGUAUAUCCGGAUAAAGCAGAAGACACAGAAGGCAUGAAGAAGUUCUUCAAACAAUUCUCAUUCCCCGGUGGCAUUGGAAGUCAUGCAACUCCAGAGACGCCGGGAAGUAUUCACGAAGGUGGCGAGCUGGGCUAUUCGAUCUCCCACGCAUUCGGUUCCGUCUUCGAUAACCCAGACCUGAUCACCUUGACCAUGGUCGGCGAUGGAGAGUCUGAGACCGGGCCUCUGGCAACAAGCUGGCAUAGCACCAAAUUCUUGAAUCCUAUUGUUGACGGAGCUGUGCUGCCUGUCUUACACUUGAACGGAUACAAGAUCAACAACCCAACUGUCCUUGCGCGAGUGAGCCAUGAAGAACUUACAUCUUUGUUCGUCGGUUACGGCUGGAAGCCGUACUUCGUGGAGGGGAGUGACUUCGACAGCAUGCACCAGGCGAUGGCUGUCACGCUCGAACAAUGCGUCAAGGAGAUCAAGGAGCACCAGAAGAAAGCUCGGGAUUCAAACACUCCUUUCAGGCCUCGCUGGCCCAUGAUCGUUCUUCGCACUCCCAAAGGAUGGUCGGCCCCUCGUGAAAUCGAUGGCCACCACCUCGAGGGCUUCUGGCGCGCACACCAGAUUCCAAUCACUGAUGUCCGCACUAAUCCUCCGCAUCUGAAGCUCUUGGAGGACUGGAUGCGAGGAUACAAACCAGAGGAACUAUUCGACAAGAACGGCAAAUUGCACGCCGAACUCAAGGAGCUUGCUCCCACCGGAAAUUCACGGAUGAGUGCCAAUCCAGUUGGCAACGGCGGUCUUCUACGCCGACCACUCAAUAUGCCAGAUUUCCGAAAGUAUGGGUUCACGGAUAUCAGUCCCGGGUCAACAAUCAAGGGAGGCAUGGCUAACAUGGCCAUAUUCCUCCGGGAUCUGGUCGCUCAGAACAUGCAUAAUUUCCGGCUGUUCGGUCCUGAUGAAACGGAGUCUAACAAGCUGGCGGAGGUGUAUAAGGCCGGCAAGAAGGUUUGGAUGGGCGACUACUUCGAAGAAGACAAAGAUGGGGGCAACCUGGCACCCGAUGGCCGGGUGAUGGAAAUCCUGAGCGAACACACUUGCGAGGGAUGGCUAGAAGGAUACAUUUUGUCCGGACGACACGGACUGCUCAACAGCUAUGAGCCCUUCAUUCACGUCAUCGACUCCAUGGUCAACCAGCAUUGCAAGUGGAUUGAGAAAUGUCUCGAGGUCGAAUGGAGAGCUCGUGUUGCUUCUCUCAACAUCCUCAUCACGGCGACUGUGUGGAGACAAGACCACAAUGGGUUCACACACCAAGACCCGGGAUUCCUGGACGUGGUCGCCAACAAAAGCCCGGAAGUGGUGCGCAUCUAUCUUCCACCAGAUGGAAACACCCUCCUGUCGGUGAUGGACCACUGUCUUCGCAGUGUGAACUAUGUCAAUGUCAUCGUGGCCGACAAGCAAGAGCACAUCCAGUUCCUCAACAUGGACGAAGCCGUUGCGCACUGCACGAAGGGCUUGGGAAUUUGGGACUGGGCUAGCAACGAUCAAGGCGUCGAACCCGACGUGGUCAUCGCAUCUUGCGGUGAUGUUUCCACGCACGAAGCUCUCGCCGCGACAGCUCUGCUGCGCGAACAUCUGCCCGACUUGAAAGUCCGAUUCGUCAACGUGGUCGAUCUCUUCCGACUGAUUUCAACCCUCCACCACCCACACGGCAUGUCCGACAAAAAAUGGAAGGCCAUCUUCACCGAUGACAAGCCCAUUAUCUUCAACUUCCACUCCUACCCCUGGCUCAUCCAUAGACUCACUUACAAGCGGCCUGGUCAGCAUAACCUGCAUGUGAGGGGAUACCGGGAGAAGGGCAACAUCGAUACUCCAUUCGAGUUGGCCAUGCGCAACAACACUGAUCGAUACAGUCUUGCCAUCGACGCUAUUGACAUGGUCAAGUCGCUCGGAAACACUGCGUCUGGCGUGAGAGAGAAGCUCAUCAAUGAGCAAAUGGCCGGCAAGGCGGAGGCGUUUGAUAAUGGCCUGGAUCCCGAACAUAUUCGGAACUGGAGUUGGCCCUGGCCGAAGAAAUAG